GGUUCUGCGGGGCGUGUCCAAACGGCAGACGCAUCCCCCUCUGAUUGGUUGACUUGUCGAGACCACCACAAACACGGAAGCAGCGUCAAACCAUCCGGAGCAGAGCCGCGUGCAGUGUGUUAUUUCGGAGUUAUGUCGCUUUUAUCAGUAUCCAGUUCGUCUUUAAUACAUAGGGGCUGUUUACAGAAAGUGAAUGUUCUCUGUAACGUUUCGUACACGCAGCGUUUCCAGGACCGGUCAUUCAGGUGUCGUUUGUUGAAACGGGAUUUGUCUGCGGUGUCUCAUGGAUUCAGUCAGUUGUCCCGCAAAUCGAACGUUAGAAAAUUCACAGUGUCAUUUUGUUCAAACUCCUCAGACAGCAAAGACCAGAGGCUGUGGAAUGUCUACAAAGAAACCAAAAGGCAGACUGAAGGUUUGGUGUCUGUCACAUCCACCAACUCUGUCAAUCCUGACACCAUCUUUGCCAACAAUGAGAUGAGCCUCAGAGACAUUGAAAUCUAUGGCUUUGACUAUGAUUACACUCUCGCAUUCUACUCCAAGCACCUCCAUACGCUCAUCUUCAACCUAGCACGUGACACCCUUAUCACACAGCACAGGUAUCCAGAAGGUUUGCGAAAGUAUGAGUACCUUCCUGAUUUUGCAGUAAGGGGACUUCACUAUGAUGUUCAGAAGGCACUACUGAUGAAGAUAGAUGCUUUUCAUUACAUCCAGUUGGGAACUGUGUACAGGGGUCUUGAGCCUGUCCCUGAUGAAGAGGUUAUUGCCACAUAUGAAGGCUGUCACGUCCCUUUGGAGAUCAUGAGUGAUUUCUAUGGCAAGAGUUCCCAUGGGCAUACCAUGAAACAGUUCAUGGACAUAUUUUCCUUGCCUGAGAUGACCCUCCUGUCCUGUGUCAAUGACUUCUUCAUGAGACACAACAUUGACUAUGAGCCAGUCCAUCUUUACAAAGACGUGAAGGAGGCCAUUAGAGAUGUUCAUGUCAAGGGGAGUAUGUACCGAGCAGUGGACGCAAAUGUUGAGAAAUAUAUUUGCUACGGAGAGCAAAGCCACGCUGUGUUGAAGAAGCUGUCAGAACAUGGCAAAAAGAUGUUUCUCAUUACAAACAGCCCCUUUGAGUUUGUGGAUCGAGGAAUGAGUUACAUCGUAGGGAAGGAAUGGAGGGACCUGUUUGAUGUUGUUAUUGUUCAGGCUGACAAACCUGGCUUCUUCAAUGACAAAAGGAAACCUUUCAGGCGAGUGACAGACAAAGGUGCCUUGCUGUGGGACCGAAUUCACCAGUUGGAAAAAGGGCAGAUUUACAAACAGGGAAACCUUUAUGAGUUCCUGAGAGUCACUGGAUGGAGAGGAUCCAAAGUCUUGUACUUUGGCGAUCACAUCUACAGUGACUUGGCAGAUCUGACAUUGAAACACGGCUGGAGGACAGGUGCUAUCAUCCCAGAGCUGAGGAAGGAGAUCAAGAUUAUGAAUACUGAGCCGUAUGUGCACAUGAUGACCUGGUUACAGGCACUGACUGGACUUAUUGAACAUAUGCAGGUGCACAGAGAUCCGGGUUCUCAAACUGUCGUGCAGGAGUGGUUCAGAGAAAGAGAAGACAUGAGAUUACAGACUAAAGACAUCUUCAAUGCCCAGUUUGGGAGUCUCUUCCGGACCCAUCACAACCCCACUUACUUCUCGCGCCGACUGUCUCGAUUUGCUGACAUUUACAUGGCCUCCAUAAGCUGUCUUCUCAACUACGACCUGCAGCACACCUUCUUCCCCCGCCGUACUCCUCUGCAGCACGAGCCCUCCUUCUGGCCUGAACAUGGGCCCACUGGCGUAAGCAUCUCUUCAAAGCUCCACAAAACUGAAUCAGAGUCUGAUUAGAGAGGGAGACAAAGUGGAGAGAGUUUGAAAAUUAAUGCUAAACCAGGCAAAUUCUUGCAACAUGAUUAAAUUGCCGACAUACAAAACAAUUACCCUUCUCCAUUAUAUUAUGAAUUGAAACAAAGGUGUUCACUGUGA